CGAGAGGCGGAGAAUGAGAACUACUACUCUCAGUAUUGAUACACCAUAGAUUACAGCAAAGGAGUCGCACUCACGGUCGCUCGCUCUCGUAAUUACAGGAAACUGGAAUACUCCCAGAAAGCUCACGAAAAGAGAUCAACUUUGAUCACUUGGGCCAGAGUUCGCUUUCCUAACGAGAACGAACUGAUGGAACAACAGCUCUGCAGCUGUGGGCCUCUCGUGGAUUGUUCUGGAAGUCUGAUGGAGGGAGCGCUGGCUGGCUGGGCAGGCCACAGGUCAGAAUGGCCCAAAAACGGAUAGGGAGCAUAGGGGGUCUCUGUAGAUUGGAGCCUGCAGGGCCUGGUGACCUGGAGAUGUGGACGUGAUCUCUGUUCCACUGGCGGAGCUUUUCAUUAGGCAAGAUGUCAACCACCACAGAAAACGGAGUGGGAGGGUCUCGGAACCCAAGCGGAGAGAAAACCUACAAGAAGACCACGUCAUCAGCCCUGAAAGGGGCCAUCCAACUGGGCAUCGGCUACACUGUGGGCAACCUGACUUCCAAACCUGACAGAGAUGUUCUCAUGCAGGACUUCUAUGUGGUGGAGAGUGUAUUCCUGCCAAGCGAGGGGAGUAACCUGACACCAGCGCACCACUACCCAGACUUCCGCUUCAAAACCUACGCCCCGUUGGCAUUCCGCUACUUCCGGGAGCUCUUCGGAAUCAAACCAGAUGACUAUCUGUACUCCAUUUGCAAUGAGCCUCUGAUCGAGCUGUCCAACCCUGGGGCCAGCGGCUCUCUAUUCUACUUGACCAGUGAUGACGAGUUCAUCAUCAAAACCGUCCAGCACAAAGAAGCUGAGUUUCUCCAGAAACUUCUUCCAGGUUACUACAUGAAUCUAAACCAGAACCCGCGCACCCUGCUGCCAAAGUUCUACGGCCUGUACUGCAUCCAGUCUGGUGGCGUCAACAUCCGGCUGGUGGUGAUGAACAAUGUCCUGCCGCGCUCCGUCACAAUGCACUACAAGUACGACCUGAAGGGCUCCACCUACAAGAGACGUGCCUCCCGGAAGGAGAGGGAGAAGGCCUGUCCCGUCUACAAGGACCUGGACUUCCAGGAUAUGCACGAAGGGCUCUACUUUGACGCUGACACCUACAACGCCCUGAUGAAGACCCUGCAGAGAGACUGUCGGGUGUUGGAGAGCUUUAAGAUCAUGGACUACAGUCUUCUCCUGGCGGUGCAUGUCCUGGACCAGAGUCCCAAGGAGGGGUGUGAGCCGGGCCAGGCAGGGGGGGACGGGAAACGGCCAGUGGCCCAGAGGGUCCUCUAUUCCACCGCCAUGGAGUCUAUUCAGGGCGAUGGAAAGGCCGCUGAGGCCCACACCACAGACGACACGAUGGGUGGAAUUCCUGCCAAAUCCCAUAAAGAAGAGAAGCUGCUAAUUUUUCUCGGCAUCAUUGACAUCCUGCAGUCCUACAGAUUCAUUAAGAAGUUGGAACACUCGUGGAAAGCCCUGGUCUAUGACGGUGACUCGGUCUCUGUACACCGGCCUGGUUUCUACGCCAACCGAUUCCUCAAGUUCAUGAGCACCUCGGUAUUCCGGAAGACUCUGACAAUUCGGUUCUCCCCCUCUAAAAGGACACGUACAUCAAUCCCUGCUCUGAAGUCAUCCUCCCAGGAGAUCCUGUCUCCUCAGAAGGAGGAGAACGAGGAGGAGAGGAGGGACCGACUAGGAGGAGCACGCAGUCUGGCCAGUCUAGACGGACAAGUGUUUGGCUCGUACCAGCGUCCUGACCUAGUGCCGGCUACCCCGUCCUUCUGUGAGGGCUCCUCCAUGGGGACUGUCUCCUCCUCUUCCAUCUGUGCCAACCUGGAGAGCCAGUCAGAAGACAGAGAUGACAUGGCCUCUAGCUCCACAUUCACCCUGGAGGACAGCGCUAUAUGCAUGACCUCAGAGCAGAGCACCAUGGACAUGGACCGAGACGACGGCUCAGUACUGGACGUCUACUUAUGAAAGGGGCUGCUCACAGAACACCAUUUCCUCCAUCAUCUUUUGUCACUCGUCUGGCAAUCACCACACUCCAUUGGUCAGGGCUACUUUGACUCCACCCCCAGCGCUGCUAGAUCGACUCUGCCACCUGUUGCCAAAACACAAAGGACUGAGAUGCUCACACCUGAUAGGUUGAGGGACUAAACAAAGACGCCAAUAGAAUCACAGUGAUGGACAUCCAUUGGAAUUACAUGACCUUCCAUCAUUCAUGAUCAAUAUCAUACCUAGCCACUUCCUAGAGCAUGUCAGACAAGUAGUUUUUUGUAAAAAAA